GUCAAUCUUAUCUUGUGGCCAAAAAAGGCAAUGUUUUCUUUGUUACAAACCUACUUCCUUUUUCCAUUCAUCUUAAUAACUUUUAUCAGUUUCAAAUGGAUUUCAUUCCGAUUAAAGAUCAAGAAAAAGUUACCACCAUCUCCACCGAAGCUACCGAUCAUCGGAAACCUCCACCAACUAGGGUCGAGCCCUCACCGCUCCCUUCGGGCCUUGUCCCAAAAACAUGGUUCACUUAUGUUGAUGCAAUUUGGCAGUGUACCCACACUUGUAGCGUCUUCCGCUGAAUCAGCCAAAGAGAUCAUGAAAACACAUGAUUUAAAGUUUGCUAAUCGACCAAAGUUAAUAAUUCCCGACAUGCUUAUCUAUGGCUCAAGCGACAUAACAUUUUCUCCGUAUGGAGAGUUUUGGAGGCAGGUGAAGAGUAUUGCAGUAGUCCACCUUCUAAAUACUUCACGAGUCCACUCAUUCCGCCAUGUGAGGGAAAAAGAGAUAGGUCUUAUGAUUGAAAGCAUUGAGAAAAGUAAUGGUUCUAUAAUUGACUUAAGUGAGUUAGUAUUUUGGCUUGUUAAUAACAUAGUUUGUAAGGUCUCCCUAGGGAGGUCAUACCAAGGGUUAAAAUUCACAGAUUUGUUGGCGCAGUUUGUGCAUGUGCUCGGCGCUUUAUGCAUUGGGAAUUAUAUUCCAUGGUUGUCUUGGAUUGACCGAUUGAGUGGUCUAGAAGACAAAGCGCGUAAAGUUGCUAAAGAAUUUGAUGAAUUUCUUGAAGGUGUUGUUAGAGAACAUUUAGAUAAAAGAAGUAAAGGGGAUGCUCAUACUGAUCAAGACUUGGUUGACGUAUUAUUGGAUAUACAAAGAGAUAAUGCAAUUGGCUUUGAUCUUCAAAGGGAUACAAUUAAAGCUAUCAUUUUGGAUGUAUUUGCUGCUGGAACCGAUACUACAUAUGGAAGUUUAGUGUGGUCAAUUAGCGAGCUCAUAAGACACCCAAGAGUAAUGAAAAAGCUACAACAAGAGGUAACCGAAGUAGCUCAAGGAAGAACUAUGAUUUAUGAAACAGAUUUGGAGAAAAUGGAGUAUCUUAAAGCCACCAUCAAAGAAACAUUGCGCUUGUAUCCUCCAAUCCCACUACUAAUUCCGAGAGAAUCAAUGCAAGAUGUGAACGUAAUGGGGUAUGACAUUCCAGCAGGCACACAAACGAUUGUCAAUGCUUGGGCUAUAGGAAGAGAUCCAAGCCUUUGGGAAGAACCCGAUGAAUUUAGGCCAGAGAGGUUCUUGAAUAGCUCUAUUGAUUAUAAAGGGCUUCACUUUGAGCUACUUCCAUUUGGUGCUGGACGAAGAGGUUGCCCUGGUGUUCAGUUUGCUAUAGUUAUGUACGAACUUGCUUUGGCAAAUGUCAUAUACAAAUUCGAUCUCUCGUUGCCGGAUGGAGUCAAAGACAAAGAUUUGGACAUGAGUGAGACAAAUAGCAUCACAUUGCAUAAAAGGUCUCCUUUACUAGUCAAGGCAACUCCUCGUUUCUAGUUGUUGUUUCUCAGUUUAUCAUCUUGCAAUGUUUAUAAUGAUAUGAUUUUCAUGAUAAUGAAUCAUUUAUUAAGCAUCACAUUACAUAAAA